AGCUCUAUAUAAUGAGCUCAGGUGCUUGCCCAGAGAUGUCCUGUGGCCUCUCCAGCUCAGCAUGGCUAGGCUACCAGGAGUACCAGUGGCACUGGGGUUGCUGGGUCUGUGCUGGUCUCUAGCCAUUGCCAACCCUCUUCCUUCGACUGGUGCCCAUGAGAAUGUGGCUGAAGGUGAGACCAAACCAGAUUCAGACGUGAUCGAACGCUGCUCAGAUGGCUGGAGCUUAGAUGCUACCACCCUGGAUAAUAACGGGACCAUGCUGUUUUUUAAAGGAGAGUUCGUGUGGAAGGGUCACAAAUGGGACCGAGAGUUAAUCUCAGAGAGGUGGAAGAAUUUCAUUAGCCCUGUGGAUGCUGCAUUCCGCCGUGGUCACGACAGUGUCUUCCUGAUUAAGGGGGACAAAGUCUGGGUGUACCCUCCUGAAAAGAAGGAGCAAGUAUAUCCAAAGUCACUCCAAGAUGAAUUUCCUGGACUCCCAUCCCCACUGGAUGCAGCUGUGGAAUGUCAUCGUGGAGAAUGCAAUGAGGAAGGUGUCCUCUUCUUUCAAGGUAACCACACGUGGUUCUGGGACUUUGCUACACGAACUCUAAAGGAGCGUUCCUGGCCAGCUGUGGGGAAUUGCUCCUCUGCCUUGCGAUGGCUCGGCCGCUACUACUGCUUCCAGGGCAACCAAUUCCUGCGAUUCAACCCUGUCACAGGAUAUGUACUUCCCACAUACCCUCUGGAUAUCCGAGACUACUUCAUGUCCUGCCCUGGAAGAGGCCAUGGCUUUGGACACAGGAAUGGAACUGGUCAUGGGAACAAUACCCACCCUAUGCAUAUGCGCUGCAGCCCAGAUCUAGUAUUGUCUGCACUGUUGUCUGACCAGCAUGGUGCCACCUAUGCCUUCAUUGGGUCCCACUACUGGCGUCUGGACACCAGCCGGGAUGGGUGGCAUAGCUGGCCCAUUGCUCAUCAGUGGCCCCAGGGCCCUUCAACAGUGGAUGCUGCGUUUUCCUGGGAGGAAAAACUCUAUCUGCUCCAGGGUACCCAAGUAUAUGUCUUCCUGACAAAAGGAGGUUAUACCCUAGUAAGUGGUUAUCCAAAGCGGUUAGAGAAGGAACUUGGGAGCCCUCCUGGCAUCAGCCUUGAUGCUGUGGAUGCAGCUUUUGUCUGUCCUGGGUCUUCUCGGCUCCACAUCAUGGCAGGACGGCGGCUAUGGUGGCUGGACCUAAAGUCAGGAGCUCAAGCCACGUGGACGGAGCUUUCUUGGCCCCAUGAGAAGGUUGAUGGGGCCUUGUGUGUGAAACAGUCCCUUGGCCCCAAGUCAUGUUCUGCCAAUGGUCUCAGCUUGUACCUCAUCCAUGGCCCCAAUUUGUACUGCUACAGUGAUGUGGAGAAACUGAAUGCAGCCAAGAACCUUCCCCAGCCCCAAAAAGUGACCAGUCUCCUGGGCUGCACUCACUGAGGGGCUUUCUGACAUCACUCUGGCCUGGCCCUGCCUCCCCGUUCCUCAUAAUAAAGCCAGAUUGUUUCUUCACUUCAA